UAUAUUUCCAUCAGACAACCGCGUCAUUCUUUUUAGUUUGUUUGUCCGCCAGAAAAGCUGUAAUAGAAGGCAUAGCCCAUUGCAGGGGCCGUGACCUUGGCAGCCAGCUCUAGACUUAUCUUCCCCGACUCCCAAAUAAAAGAUCUACUCGAAUGUCCUUGGGGUCAGCACGACACGGGAGGAAAGGGCACCGCUGCACCCACAAAAGAUUCAUCUGGUUCUCCCACGAACCUUAAUCCAUCUCGUUGCAAAAAUGAACGUGGGUCACCUUCCCUCUUUGGAGGAGGGCAGGGGAAGAGAAAGUCAUUGAUCAUUUUGAGUGCGGUAGAGGGUAUGGAUCUUUGACAUAUGAAUUCCUCAAUGAGAAGUAAUGAUUUAUACGUAUUCUUGGAAACCUUUAUUGGCCAUUCAGAUGCCAUGUUAUAUCUAAUGAAAGGAUAUUUGUAUUAGAUUAGUUGCUUGCAAAAAUAUACCAGUAUCAACCAUUGUUGAAAAAAUAAAGGAUUUAUCAAAGGAAAAAAGCUCAUUAGUGCACGCUUUCCUCAUGACAGUUGCUCAACUGUGUCAAAAGGUCUCGUCGAAAAUCAGCACAUUGCUUUAAACUUUAUUAUAACAGUCCAAAAUGCAAGACAGAUCAGAUCAUACUAACAAAAGAAAAGUUGCUAUCAGAACAACAGCCGAGCAAACGCUAGGCCUACGCAUGACGAACCCAUAACUAACUGAAGGAAGGGCGAAACAUGGCAGGACUCUUCCUCCCACCUCACAGAGAAGGACGCCCAAUACUUCUCCGGGAGAACCCCUUAAAUGAUUAAGAUGUGGAGCAAAAAGCUGGUGAAACCGCCGUCGAGGGUUUACAACAGCCUACGGGACACUCACUUGGCCCACUAUUUUUCCAGGCAAGAUGUACUACGACACCUGGUGCAUAUGGGGCUGGUGACUCGAAAUGGAGAAAUCGUCCCAGAGACGGAGUGGAAGAAACUCUACGCCAAGCAAGAGAGACGGGAGAAAGAGAGAGAGAAGGAGAACCACAGGAGAAGAUUGCUGGAAGCAGAAGAGGCAGCGAAGAGGAGGGUGAAACAAAAGAUUAGGAGAAGAGAAGCCCAGUUGGCACGCCAGCCCUCAGCGUCGGAACCCGACCUCAUCCACUUCGACAUCGAAUGGAGCUUCCGCCCCGUCAGCGUCACCACCGAGGAAGCCCAGACGUCCAGUGGGACCCGGGGGACGUCGAACGGGACGUCAGGAGACACCUCGGGGGCCAACCAAAACAACAACAAUAACAACAACGAGACCUCGGGUCCUUCAGAAAUCUUCUCCUCCGACACCAACGAUUCUAAAGGAAGGUCGGACAGGGGUCAGAUCAGGAUCACGGGAUUCCGGGAGUCCUCCACUGAAACGGCGCAGUGGAAGAAGACGAAUCAGUAUCCCACAAAAGCCCGGUUGGUUUAUUGGACGUCGUGGGGUGGUUGGGGAACCUUACGUUGCCUUCUCUUGGUCCCAAUCCGUCCCCGAGAUACAUUCACAUAAUUCGACCAACGAACAGCUGUAGAGAAGUGUGGUCUAGACUAUGUCCGCCUCAGCCGAUGUGCAGUCGCCCUCCCAGAGCCCCAUCCCCACCUCAUCUACGCUUGGUGUACGCCAGGGGCGGCGCUCCCUGCCAUACUCACCACUGACCUGGCUCUUCUGCAGCAACCUGCCGGUGCUCACAAUGUCACUGUGUUCCACGGCGUUGUUCAGGAAGGAGACGAGAUCGAGUUCACCUCCCUCAGGCGGGAAGGCUUCCCGUUUUCUUUGACGAUAUACGAGCACAACGUCACCACCGGGAGGCUGAGCGCUUGCUGCGAGCAUCGCUACGCCCCUGGGAGCCGACUGGGUGGUCCCUCAGGUCACCUCAGGGUCGUGGAGAUCGUCGGAGGAGAACCUUGUCUCAGGUGCCAACUGAGGUCAGUGGAGAAGCGACACCAAACGCGACAGAGAGGAAAUUUGACCAAACCUAAGGACAAAGAUCAAAGUAGUACGCGUCCUUAUACGCCUCCUGAUGAAAAUGGUAUGUAGAUUCAGAAUGGUGUUUUCCUUUGC